AUGAAGCGAAAGAAAUGGUCCGAACAAGAAGAACAAACCCUACUCUCAAAAUACUCGGAGCUUCUCCGUUCCGGCACAAUAACCAAACUCAAAACCCGCGAGAAAAAGUUCAAACCAAUCGCCGAUCAUCUCAACGCCGUUCACCACCUUCACGACUCCACCACCUUCCCCUUCAAGUGGUCGUGGCGCGACGUUUCCAUCAAAGUUCAGAACAUGCGUCAUCAGUACAUCGGGGUUAAGCACAAGAUUCGUAUAUCGUCUCAGUCUCAGUCUCAAUCUCAAUCUCAAUCUCAUCAGUUUAAUUGGAAUGACGGUGUUAAUCAUUGGGAGAAUUUUUUGAAUUAUAAACAAGUUUUCGGGUUUGGAAUUGAUGAAUCUGAUGACGGUGAUGACGACGACGGUGGCGGUGAUGGUGUUGGGGAUAGUAAUGAUGAUGAUGUUUGUGAAGAAGAAUUAAAGAGAUUGGGAUUGGGGGUUUUGAAAUUGAGGGAGGUUAUGGUAAAGAGGGAAGAGAAGAGGAGGGAGAGAGUGUUUUCGAAGGAGAAACUAGAGUGGAAGAGGGAUGAAUUUGAGUUUGAGUUGAAGAGAAGGGAAUGUUGUUGUAGUGAGAGGGAAUUGGAAUUGGAGAUGGAGAUGGAGGAGAGGGAGUUGAGAUGGGGGAAAAAGGAGGUUGAGAAGAGGGCGAGGUUGGAGAAGGAGCUUGAGGAGGAGAAGAGGAGGAGGAAGAAAGUGGAGGAGAAGAUGGAGGAAGAGGAGAUGGAGUGGAGGGAGAGGAUGGUGGCUAUGCAGAUCGAACACGAGAAACAGAUGAUGCAGAUGCAUGCUGACGCUUGUCAUAAUCAAAUGCAGGUUCUUGGAGUUAUGGCGAGAAUACUUUGUCAGUUCUUUGGUUCGGGAAAUGAUGGAUUGGGUGGUGCUGGAUUAGGGACAUUGCCUCCUCAGGUGUUGCAUCAUGGUGGUGGUUUAGGGAGUGUGAAACCCGAUGCCAGUUCACCUUCGGAGUUUAUGUAG